AUGGCGGCCCCACAAGUUGCGGUGGUGGUGGGCGCUGGCCCCGGGCUUGGCUUUGCUGUGGCGCGGCGCUUUGCAGCUGGCGGGUUCCAUGUGGCUCUGAUGAGCCGCACGGCGGAGCGGGUGGAGGCGCUGGCGCAGCAGAUUGUGAAGGACGGCCACCAGGCGACCGGGGUGGCGGUGGACGUCACCGACGCACACUCGGUCAAGGCCGCAUUUGACUCAGUCAGAAAAAAGCUGGGGGAUCCCUCCGUCCUGGUGUACAAUGCCAACACGUCCUUUCCUUGGCCACCCCCCAAGUUCAUGGACAUCACUCCGGAGCACUUUGAGGGCUCCAUUGCGGCGCAAGCCACAGGGGCCUUCUACGCAGCGCAAGAGGUGCUUCCCGCCAUGAUAGACAAGAAGAGCGGCACCAUCUUGCUCACAGGGGCAACUGCGUCUUUGAGGGGAGGCGCAAGUUUUGCCACUCUUGCUGUUGGCAAGUUCGCCCUCCGCGCAUUAGGGCAGUCGCUGGCCAGAGAAUUCCACCCGCAAGGCAUCCACGUGGCACACGUCAUCGUGGAUGGACAGAUCAGAAGCGAAAGGUAUGCCAGCCCCAGUAGAGCUCCUGACUCAUUCCUCGACUCGGAUGCUCUGGCUGAGCAAUACUGGCAGCUUCACGUCCAAGACAAAACGGUGUGGACUCACGAGCUGGAUGUGAGACCCUAUUUGGAGAAAUUCUGA